AUGUCGAAAAAAAAUAAACAAUUCGUCAAUACAAAUCAAAAUGAUAAAGUGAGAAUAAUAUUUAAGAAGAAUGAAGGUCGCACGUAUAUUGACUUGCAAGAGUUGUCAUCAAGUUUUACGUUCAUCAAUAAGGAUAGUUUGACUGAAUUCGAAAAUUACAAGAAUCUAUAUGAAUUAUACAAAAGUAAAUAUGAUUCAGUAUUGAAUAAUAAUGCUAAAUUACAGAACGAAUUGCAAAAGUACUUUAAUCUUGGAUUAGUAACGCCAGAAAAUACGCGUCCAGUUAGUGUUAGUACAGCUGAUACUAUAAUUUCAGAUAUGGAUGAACCAUUAAAACAAUUGUUACAAUAUUUAACACUUGAACAUUUACCUAAAUCCACAACAUCAACUCCCUACUCAACAUUAUAUCACGAAAUUAAUGACUCAAAACUUGCCCGUGCUCUGAACUGUGAUUUAGCUUUAAAUCACCUCACAACUCUUGAUACACCAUCAAAAAUUUGGUCAAAUCUAAAUAAUCGUUGCAUUGAAAAAUUUGGCGGCCAAAAUUGCAUAAAAAAUAACGCUAUGUAUCAUUUCAAAUAUAACAUGGGCCAAAACAACAUUGUCAGGUUACCGCAACUGGAACAUGAUGUGAAAUUAUUAUGAUGAUAUUGAUAAAUAGAUAGUAAAAAUUAAUAACUUCUGUAAGUAAAAUUUAUCAAAUAAAAUUGUUCUUGAUUACAAAAUAAUUAUUCACAUCUAAAUUUUAUAGGUUUUGUUGAAGAUGAGGUUAAUGAUUCUUAGCCUAUAAGUGAAGAAUCAAUUUUUUUAUAAAG